AUGAAUUUAAUUCCUUUUCUAAUAGGUACUUACAUGGCCGUUCAUCGAUGUGUUCUUGCUGCUCGUUCAAAUACUUUUUCUGCUAUUAUGUCGGGCAAUUACAGUCGACUUGAUCCUGAUAUAAAAAAAGGACUUAAAACAUCUGGGAAGAAUAAUAAAUUAGUAAUUUCUAUUGAUAAAACUCUUCCCGAAAUAAUGAAACAAGUUAUUAUAUUUAUGUAUACAGCUGAAUGUGAACUAAAUGAACGUAAUGCAUAUGGCCUUCUUGAUGCUGCUGCCCGAUAUGAUAUUAAAAGUUUAAAAGAAUAUACUUCUCAAUUUCUUGUUAAUCAUAUUAACAAAAAUAAUGUGUUGAGGUUAAUAGAAUCCGCAUAUGUAUACAAUAAUUUAUUACUUAAACACAAAUGUAUUGAUUAUUUUAUUGAUAACGGCAAGGAAGUGAUGGAUACAAAUGAAUCGUGGGGGCGCUUCUCUAAUAACUGCAAAGGGAUUGUUGCUGAUCUUCUUUAUUGGACUGUUCAUAAAGACGAACACCGACAACAAAUAUAA